AUGAUAAAGAGCCUUCCCUCUAGCCUAAUCGAUUUUUUCUCUUCGAAUCAAGCAACAUUUAUAAAAUCAUUAGACUCCCGAAAGCAAGAUAUCAUAGCGAACGAGCUCGAUUUAAUUCUGGAUGAAGCUAACUUCACAAGCUGAAUCUCUUCUGAGCCAAAAAAAGCUUUCAAAGUGCUUAUGAGCAUUGGAUAUCCAAGCUUUUUAGGAUAUGUUGAUUACUCCAGCCUCAAAGAUUUAGUUGAUUCAGAGUAUGCUGAUAUCGUUCUUGAGUUCCUUUGCAAAGUUAGCGCUGAUCUUCCAGAAUCUAUAAAGGAUAGAGUCAAAACAGAAUUAAUUAAGCUGCUGGAAGAGUUAGAUUGGGAACAUCUUGAUCCUUAUGAUAUACUUGAUUGAAGCACAGAAGAUCAGUCUCACACACUAUUGUCUUUGCUGAUAACUUUCGGUAUAAGAUUUAAUCUAGAGGAAACUGUGAGCUUAAUAAAUAAUGAAAAAUUUAGAUUUUUCUUGGACUGAUUGAUCCAAGAAAAAGAUGACUUUUUAUGGGCAGAGCUUUAUUUACUUAUUAUGAGUAGCUUGGCUGAAUAUAAUACCAAUCUAUUUAAUCAAUACUGAAAUUUUAACAGCAGAAAUUGAGUCCGUUUGCUGGCUCAAAAAAUUAAUUCAAGACAAGCUUUGGUAUGUUUGAUGGAAAUCCUAACAAAUGAUAAAUGCCUGUGCCUAACUGAAUUAAAAGAAGAUGGCACUUUUUUCCAAAAAAUUUGAAAUUUCAUGUUUGACUGGAACAAUAGUUAUAUUGAAUCUCUCUUUUUAAAUUGCGCUCUCAGUCAAAUCAAUUUACAGUUCUUUGCUUCAAUGAGUUAA